AGAAACUUCUGGGGGAGAGCCAGAAGACGACUGUAUGUGAGGAGCAGUGAGAAGAGUGUCUGAUUUUCUCAUUCAAUGUGUUGGCAGUGGAUCUGUAUUUCUGGUCUGUUCUUACAAUCAGACAAACCAUUCUCUUAGUUCACAUCACGAGUGUAACGAUGCGACCUAAAAGUGUAGCCUAUAGUGGACUUCAGUCCUAUUGUUGUCAAACUGUGACCACAUUAUGCUUAUUGUCUUUAUUAGUGGUGACCAUAUGCUCACUGCCCACACGUGACCAUAAAAAUCAUCAAACAAGACAACGAAAAACACAGCAAAACUCUCUGCAAAGAUCAGCAUUUUUGGCGCUUCGGUCGUCAUUGGGUCCGGCCAUAGGUCGGGUGCCAAACAUGCGGCGAAACUUUUGCCAAACGGUUCCGUAUAAGCAAAAAAUUCAAGAGCCGGGAUGCAUAUCGAGAACAAUAUUGAAUGCCUACUGUUAUGGCUCGUGUAACUCGUUUUUCAUACCGGCCAACGGUAACGACAGUUUGCCAUUUAGUUCGUGUGCUUUUUGUCUGCCUCGACGCUACCGAUGGCAAACCGUACGUCUCAAGUGUCCCGAUUCGGUGCCGGCCAUCAAACGCAAGAAAGUUCAAAUUGUGUCCAAGUGUCGGUGCCAAACGGAAACCCUAUAA